CCCCAUUCCUAAUAAGAGUAACAAUGUCUAUCAUAGCGAUCCUGCAACAUGCAGCUUAAUUAACAUUGAAUAUGUCUCCUUGCUGGCCUGGUUUGCCUGCUCCAAGCCCCCGGUGGUUUAUAUCCUCGGAAAGCAGAAGAAUAGACCUGUAUUUUCUCUGAUCAUGCACCAGGGUGAGAAGGUGUCCACAAACUGGGUCUUUUCUCUGGCCAGCUUCCCUACAUGAAUGACAUGUGGUUAAAAAAAAAAAGAAAAACUGAAUUUGCCAUCGUCAUGCUGCAGGUGCUCGUCCAGGAAGGCGCCCUGCAUAACACACUGCAGCACUCUCAGUCAAAUGCUGGCUAUAUAUAGAAAAUCAUAUAUAAUGUCAAGAAAGGUGAGUUAUAUUUACAAGUGGCUGUAAUUCACAGACCAAUUGGAACACUCGAUGUUAGCCUGGAUCAAUGUAUCUCUAUGGUGAUGGUCACCAUGGAGAAUGUGUCCACGAACUGAAGCUUGAGUAGGUCGGUCAUUGUUUACAGCAAUAUAAGGAGGCAACAGAAUUUCCACCAGAACAACCUUGAUGUUAUGAUCUCCUCUGUAAUGAGGCAUCCUGUCAUGACCAUGAUCUCCUCUAAGGUGAGGGAUCCUGUCAUGUCCAUGAUCUCCUCUGUAAUGAGGCAUCCUGUCAUGACCAUGAUCUCCUCUGUGGUGAGGGAUCCUGUCAUGACCAUGAUCUCCUCUGUGGUGAGGGAUCCUGUCAUGUCCAUGAUCUCCUCUGUAAUGAGGCAUCCUGUCAUGACCAUGAUCUCCUCUAUGGUGAGGGAUCCUGUCAUGACCAUGAUCUCCUCUAAGGUGAGGGAUCCUGUCAUGACCAUGAUCUCCUUUAUGGUGAGAGAUUCUGUCAUGACCAUGAUCUCCUCUGUAAUGAGGCAUCCUGUCAUGACCAUGAUCUCCUCUAAGGUGAGGGAUCCUGUCAUGACCAUGAUCUCCUUUAUGGUGAGAGAUUCUGUCAUGACCAUGAUCUCCUCUGUGGUGAGGGAUCCUGUCAUGACCAUGAUCUCCUCUGUGGUGAGGGAUCCUGUCAUGACCAUGAUCUCCUCUGUGGUGAGGGAUCCUGUCAUGACCAUGAUCUCCUCUGUAGUGAGAGAUCAUGCUAAGUCCAUAACCUCUUUUUUAUGCUUUGCCCAUAUGGUUCUGUUAAUCUUUCUUGAUCAGCUUUCAUGAACCCAGUUACCACCACUUCACACUAAAGGGCUUUGAUUUCAGACCCUGUCAUUGUCAUUUUUCUUAUGUUUCACUUUUGGCCUUCAUUUGAUCUUAAUGUCAAGUGAAUGUUGUGUUAAGUCCCCAACCCGUGUGAGUCUGUCCACCCCUGAUCUUCAGCAAUGGACAUAAUGACUGUGUUCAUGUCUGGAAGAAUGCUGUGUGUGUCAAUACGGUACAACUAAACAAAGCUGCAGUGUUUGACAGAGAAGCUCUUAAGGUUGUUCAGCUCUGGGGGCAGACGGCUGUCGCAGCCCCACCCCUCUGGUGGGACAGUCUAUGCCAAGGAAUCCCAGAGCUGGGCUUACUGUGACACCCUGCAAUUGCUUUACUGGCCUCCCACUGGGGGGUGAGCCUCCAUUCACUGUCCUGGCUGUCUGGGGGGUGGAAUUACAGGCUGCACACUGCUGAUCAGCCUGUGCUAAAAUCACUGGGUGGGGGGGGGGCAGGCAUACGUCAGGGUCUGGGGAGCAUCUCACAUAGAGCUUAGCAUGUAGCACAUAGCAUAUAGUGUGUAGCAGACACAGGACAUCGGCCCCCUGGGUCACAUGACAGCAACUGUUGGCCUGUUGCCCUCAUCUCUCUCUCCC